CGAUGGAAGAAGUAGAGGGAAGCGGAGCUGCGUUAGCAUCAAUGGAGGAGGCUGCAGAGCUUAUUCCCUUGGAUCAGUAUGUAACACUAGAAUACCCGGGGCUUGGAAUGAUUGGUACGAUUAAACCCGCGCCUAAACAGCGAGAGGUGGCGGAAUGGCGACCUUCUCUAGGAGAGAUGGAGUCGGGAGGACCCACUUUCGUCAUGGGAGAAAUCGAUGUUCUGAACAUCAUACGAGCCUUAGAUCACCGAAUCCCCCUUCCGAUCGGUCAUCUGCUCUUGAUAUCGGAACAUGCUAACGAACGUAUGCUGCAGCACUGCAAAGCAAACCGGAAACGAUUUGCCCUUACCCGAACGACAAACACGAAAAUGAAAGGACCAACACCGGACGAAAAUGUCGCAGAUACUUCUGAUCCCAUACGCAUAGGACUAAUCCAAAAAGAUGACCACUUCCUGCAUAUUAAACCGAUCCGAUGGAAAUCCGCGGAAUGCGACAUUGAGUUUGAUAUUCGGCAUGGCUUCCACCACAUUCUGGUUAAGGAGGAAGAUCGGCCGAACAUGGCCUUCGUACUGUUUGAGGGCACGUGGCAAUGGGUUCGGUGUCCGAUGGGGAUUUGCAAUGCGUCGGCCACGUUUCAGCGAGCCAUGAACGUCACGUUUCAGAACUUCGUCAAUAACACACGGUUAACGCAGAGAAUGAUCAACUUCUGCGUCAUCGUGUACAUGGACGACAUCCUGGUCUAUUCAGAGACCUAUCACGACCAUGCGCAGCAUAUCGAGUGGGCGUUGGGUGCUCUGAGAAACGCCGGAUUCAAGAUUGCGCUCGAAAAUAGUGAAUUUUUCCUUUCGGAAAUUUUGUUCUUGGGCUACGUUGUGACACGUGGAGGACUGCGGCCUGACUCGAGAAAGGUCGCGGCGGUGAAGGAAGCUCCUGUUCCCACGUCACUGACGCAGGUUCGAGCCUUCUUGGGGUUAGCCUCGUACUAUCGUCGUUUCAUCAAGGGCUUCGCCGCGAUUGCACGACCCUUAACGAACUUACGAGGAGUUAGCGAUCGAAGAAGAAGAAGAGAAGAAGAAGAAGAAGAAGAAGAAGAAGAAGAAGAAGAAGAAGAAGAAGAAGAAGAAGAAGAAGAAGUUGAGGAGGACGAUGAGGAAGAGACACCGGAAGAGGGGAGUUAUAGUGAACACAACGAAGAGGAGCAGAGUGAGGAGGAAGAAGAAGAAGAGCAAGGCGAAGAAGAGGAAGAGCUAGCGCUGGAAGAAUCUGAGUGGGGGAUCUUGGCGGAGGAGGCGGAACAAACGGACGCUCAGGCAGAGGACCCCGAGGCGGCGCGCAAGAGAGAGGAGAUCGCGGCCGGAAAGCGACAGCUGGAAUUCGCCAGCGGAGCAAAUCUGCAGAUCGUCGACGAUCCGGCCCAAGAUCCGGAGCCGCCCAAGCCCGAAGAUGGAGACCCAGUGCCCGAGACUUCGAGCGCACUGACAUGGCGGCGACGAAGCCGAUCCCCCUCCCCCUCCAUCUCCGACCGUCCACCAGUUCGAGCCCGUUCUGAUGCGGGCCAUCGGGCUUUGUCCCCGGUCGUUAUCCCGCCGUCCCUUUGACCAUCUCACCCUUCGCCAGAUUACCACCCAUGUCACCUUCCCCCGUAACCCCUUCCCCAUC